AUGCUAACCUCGCUAAAGAAACUGAUUAUAAAAAGUUCAUAUGAUCGGGUUGGAUCACUAGGAGGUCAGGGUGAUAUGAGUUGGCAGCUCCCAGUUUGGUUUCCGAAACUACAAGUGCUUGAGAUAUGGGACUAUCCAGAAUUCUCAUCAGUGUUUACCAUCUCUUGGAUUGAAAGUCUGCAUUAUGUCAGGAUACGACGUGUAAAGAUGCUAAAAUACUUUAGGUACUCAAAAUCAUACGGAGCAGAACUGGAAAUUGAGGGAGAGGGUGAUCUGCAAAGCUUAGACCAAGUGUUAGUUUUUGAUAAAGAAACAGGUCUUCAGAAGCUGACACUCUACAAUUGUCCACCUCUGGAGUUGAAGCACCUUCUGAUGCUAACCUCGCUGAAGACAUUGAUUGUAGGCGAUUCAGAUUGUCUGGUUGGACCACUAGGAUGCCUGGGUGAUGUGGAAUGGCAGCUUCCUGUUGAGCAUAUGCUGAUCAUGGGCUUAAAUUGUAAUAUUGGCGAGGAAUUGACAGAGCUCCUCCCCCACCUCCCAAAGCUCUCCAAAUUGGACAUAAGAUAUUGUAAAAAUAUAAAACAAUUGGUAGUGGGGGUGGAUCUGCAACAAAUUACAGAGAUGGAAAUAAGAGCAGCAGCAGCAGAUGAAGAUGAUGAUGGGGUGCUGCUCUUCCCAGCUCAUCUCUGUAACUCACUACUGGAAUUGGAGUUCUAUGACUGCCCAGAGCUGGUCCUGGUGGACCCACCAACUCUUGUUCCUGGAGGAGGAUGGCUCCAAGCCUUGCGAUCCCUCCAGAGAUUGACAAUAAAUGGUUCCCCCUGGUUUCUUUUCACCUUCUCGUUUUCCCGUCACAUUUUCCCUUCCUCCCUGCAGUUCCUGAAGCUUAAGAGCAUGGUAGGCAUGGGGACACUGAAACCCAUCUCAAACCUCUCUUGUCUGAUGACAUUAGAAUUGAUUGAUUGCGGAGAGGAUCUGAAAUGUCAAGGUUUGCAGCCUCUCCUUACCACCAGGGGGCAUAUCAACGAAUUACAAGUCUUUGGCAGCCCUGGUUUCUUUGCUGGUUGGGAUCCCAAUCCAAAACAUGAUUUGGAGGAGCUCCUUUCUGCACCCACACUGCAGGAGCUCUCCACAGAUGACAUAGCAGGACUCCUUUCUGCACCCAUCUGCAACUUCCUCUCUUCAUCCCUCACCAAGCUGGAACUUCAUGGGGCAAGAAGACGCCCUUCAGUUCCUCUCCUCCUUCCAGAAAAUCCUUUCGCGUUUCAUAGGUCUGAAAGCAUGGAGCGCUUCAGCAAGGAGCAAGAGAACGCCCUUCAGCUCCUCUCCUCCCUCCAGGAACUUAAGUUUUCGGAUCUCCACAAGCUUCAGCAACUCCCUGCAGGGCUGUGCAACCUUACCAGCCUGGAGAAGUUAACAGUCUGCGAUUGUUCAGUCAUCUCUUCAUUGCCUAACGAUGGCCUCCCCAAAUCACUACAACAGCUAGUUCUCUACUACUGCAGCGAGGAGCUAAAACAGAAGUUCAGGGAGUUAGUUGGGACAAUCCCAGAAAUCACAAUAGGCCGGUGA